AUGAAAAGAAGUAAUGCACCAUCAGCACUAUUCGAAAAGAGACAAAAGUCAAAGUUGGACGAUGAUGAUGGAGGAGCAUUUCUAACAGCCGAUCAAGUCUAUGCAAACAACUCACCUUUGGCUGCAGCUAGUGCCAAGAAAGGACCGGGAAGAAAAAAGGUACAAGCACCAAUCGCAAUGAUCAACCAUCUAGAUCUAUUCACUCCACAAAAGAAAAAAGACGACGAAGAGGAAAAGAAACAUCAAGAAUUGCAAAUCGAGGAAGAGAACAAAAAAGGAAGAAACAUCGUGUUGCGAUCAGACUCUAAGCCAAUCUACUAUCUCAUGACCUACCGAAACAUAAAGACGUCAGAGGACGGAGGCAUGGGUAUCCUCGAGGUGACCUACAACGACGUCACUGUCAUUUCAAUGGAGGGAAAACAGAUUGGUCACGCUGCACUCACUCGUAUGAGCCCGACCGACGACGGAGACGACGGUAGCACUGGCAAGACACAAAAGGUGUUGAUCAAAAAGAAAGAGGUAUUCUUUCAAGAAGAGUUUUCAUUGGCUAUUGGUAACAAGUGGGUCAAGAUUCUCACAUCGGUCGACGAAGAGGAUUACAAGAAUGGAUCGAUCUUUCUCAAACCCGAUCUCAUCAUUCAGAGGAAAAGAGAUGAAGCACGAGAAAAAAAAGAAACAUAUAGACUGCCUGGCACAUGGAGACCCAAGGCUGGAGGUUGGUCGGUGCCGUUGGCUGGCGGUGCAGAGCGUGCUAAACGUCUCGUCAAGCCACUGCACAAUCCUCAUUCCCCCAAUGCACUCGUUCUCUACCAACCACGUGACAUGCUUUCAGAGAAUAACAUUCCGGUCGUUGUCGAUCCCAUUCUGUCUGCCAAACUGCGUCCUCAUCAGAGACAGGGUGUUCAGUUUAUGUUUGACUGUUUACUCGGGUUUAGAGGAGGAUACAAAGGAAAUGGAUGUAUUCUUGCCGAUGAUAUGGGUCUUGGUAAAUCGAUUCAAGCUAUUGCAAUUCUCUGGACACUACUCAAACAAGGUCCAAAUGGUUUACCAACUGCCGAACGUGCAGUCAUUGUCGCUCCUUCUUCUCUUGUAGGUAAUUGGUGCAAGGAAUUAAAGAAAUGGUUGGGUGAAGGAAUCAAACCCGUUGCAAUUGGUGGUUCAACCAAGUAUGGUCGUGCAAGAUUGGCCGAGUUGGAACUUGGUACCAAGGAUGUAUUGGUUAUUUCAUACGAUCAACUUCGUAUCUAUUGCGAGGAGAUUAUCAAGAUUUCUAGUAUCGGUCUCGUCAUUUGUGAUGAAGGUCACAGACUCAAGAACCCAGAAAUCAAAACAACAAAGGCCGUCUCAAUGAUUCCUACACCAAGACGUGUCAUUUUGUCUGGUACUCCCAUUCAAAACGAUCUCAAUGAAUUCUUUGCUAUGGUCAACUUUGUCAACCCAGGUGUUUUGAAAAAUAUGUCUACUUUUCAAAAUGUAUAUGACGCUCCUAUUCUUGCAAGUCGUAAUCCUGAUGCAUCUGAUGAAGAUAAAAGAUUAGGUAGAGAAAGAUCUGCUGAGCUAACAAGAUUAACACAACAAUUUAUUUUAAGAAGAACAGCAGCUGUAAAUGUUCAAUAUUUACCUAAAAAGAUUGAAUAUACAGUUUUUAUUAAAUUGUCACCACUUCAACACAAGAUUUACAAACAUUUGGUAGACACUAUCAAGAAUCAACAAUUUGGAAACUUUUCAGGUGCCUUGCCAUUGAUUACAACCUUGAAAAAGUUGACCAAUUGUCCCGAACUCAUUUAUCUUCCCGACAAGGAAGAUCCAACUCAAGUCAAUGACUCUGUUCUCAAACUUUUCCCAAAGGAGUGGAACCCAAAGGUAUUCCAACCGCAAUACUCGGGAAAACUACAAUUUGUAGACAAGUUGUUGGCUGGUAUUAGAAAGACAUCAAAAGAUCGUGUGGUCAUUAUUAGCAACUAUACCCAAACCUUGACUGUUUUGGCAGGUAUGAUGAGAACAAGAGGUUAUGAAUUCUUUCAACUUGAUGGUUCAACAUCUGUUGAUAAUAGACAAAAAAUGGUAGAUUUAUUUAAUGAUCCAUCAAGAAAUGAAUUUGUAUUUUUAUUGAGUUCAAAAGCUGGUGGAGUUGGUUUAAAUUUAAUUGGAGCCAAUCAUUUAGUAUUAUAUGAUCCAGAUUGGAAUCCAGCAAACGAUUUACAAGCUAUGGCUCGUGUUUGGAGAGAAGGUCAGAAAAAGGUGGUGUCAAUCUAUCGAACAUUGUCAACUGGCACCAUCGAAGAGAAGAUUUUCCAACGUCAAAUUACAAAAAUGGCGCUCUCAACAAGUGUUGUCGAGGGUGACUCUGACAAUGCACCGGCCUUUGAGACAAAGGAUCUCAAGGAUAUUUUCAAUCUUCGAGAGGAUACUAUCUGCGACACACACGACAUGCUUGGCACGUGCAAGUGCGGUGCUCCAACCACCCGUAUCCCCAAACACAAGCGUGAUUCCAUGUCCAUUGGCGAGUUGGCAUCGUACGACCACUAUUACGACAUGUCCAAACUCAAGGACAAGAACCUUCAAGAGGCAUCACGUGAUAUUGUUUCAUUCAUGUUUGCCAAUGACAAGCCACCAACAGUCAAAGAAAAGAAAAAACCAGAGUCAUCAACCGAUUACGAACAAGUUGAUGUCUCACCUUCAAGUCAAACCAAAAAAAUGGACAAUGAAGAUGAUGCCAAUUUUAUCGACGACGAUAAAGAUUAUGAAGAAGAUUCUGAUACCUAUUCAUCUGGAUCUGAAGCAGAAGAAGCUUCAGAUAGUGAUAGUGAUUAG